UUUCGAUUUGAUUGUCCUCAAAUUUGAGUUACGUUUUUGUUUAACUAAAAUAUCAUAUGAAUACGUAGUCACUCUUAUUUAAAAUCAGCUGUGUAAAUAACAUCCCUGAUCGUUAGGAAUUGAUUGUGAAUGAUAGCCGGAAAAAAAGAAGAAUACCAACAGAAUUAAUAGUAUUAUGGAAACCGAUUGGAUACAAUUAAGGAGUGCUUUAGUUGAUGGCAAUGCAAAAGAUCGACGGCAAAGUUUAUUAAUAAUUAAAGAUUCGGUCAUUGGCAGUAACAGACAAAAAGGCGCUCUUAUAUCCCAUGACAUAGUACCAAUUAUACUUAAAAUAUGUAACGAAACUAAUGAAUACGACAAAACAAAUGCCCUCGUUGUACUAGGGUCCUUAGCUAAAGGAACGCCAGGCCAGGUACAAUUAUUGGUGAAUACAUAUAAUGUGAUGCCAAUACUAAUAAAUGAAAUUACUUCCGAGAAUAAUGAUAGAAAGUGCGUGGAAAUAUGUCUUAGUACAAUGUGCACAAUCUAUGAGCAACCUUAUGCACAUGUAGAUGAAUUUUUUAAAAAUGGAAAGACUCUUUCAGUUUUCUUAAGUUUAGCCGCACCCGAAAGCUCUUUGAAGACACAAAUUUGUGUUACAAGUAUUCUAGUUGCACUUUGUCAGUCGUAUGAAGAUCAAAUUUUACUUCUUCAUGCGGGAACUAUACAUCUUUUGGCUAGAAUGAUUUGUUUUAAUAACAAACAUAUUCAAAUUCCUGCGCUCCGUUGCUUAUCUUCAAUGUGUUACUCUAAUAGACAAGUUGCAGACAAUGUUUGUGUUACGAGUUUUAUGGGGCGAUCAUUGCCGGAUAUUCUAAAUUCAUUAAUGUCUCGAUUAUUUACACCUGAAAUACAAAUAACAGCAGCAAGGUGUUUAACAUAUAUUUAUAGAUCUGGAACGCUUUUAUCAACAGAUAAUAGAAUAUUACAUAAAACUCUCCCAUCCCUGGCAAGGUUAUGUUCUGAUAAUUUCAAUCAAUCUAUAAGAGGAGAAUCGGCGGAUAUACUUGCUUAUCUUAUCGAGGUUGAUUCAGAACUUCAACGUACAGCAGCCAUAAGCAAUCAUCUUUUAAAAUCCCUCUCACAACUUCUUCAAAUUAGUGAUUCAAUUAUUAAAAAUGCUGCAUUAAGAUGUUUUGCAUCACUGGGAGCUAAUGAUGAAACUAUUAGAAAGAGAAUAAUGGAUUGUACUGGCUUGAUUGAUUCUAUAAUAGAUGGUGUCAACGACGACAAUGAUGAGGUAAAACUUGCUGCUGUAAAGUGUCUACAUUCUUUGUCGCGUUCUGUUCAACAACUAAGAACUACUUUUCAGGAUCAUAAUGUGUGGAAACCUCUAUUGGAUAUAAUAUCAAACCAAACAUCAAUAGAAUAUCUCAUUGCAACUUCAUCGACUAUUUGUAAUUUGGUAUUGGAAUUUUCACCCUCUAAGGAACCUUUAGUGAAUUCUGGAAUAAUAGAAAAAUUUUGUCAAUUUACUAAACAUAGUGAACCAGAAAUUCGUGUAAAUGGAUUAUGGGGUUUAAUGAACGCAUCCUAUCAAGCUGAUGAGAGACUAAAAAUGGAAAUCAUAAAUACAAUUGGAAUGAGGAGAUUGUUAGAGCUUAUCAGUGACACGGAUUCUACAGUAGUGUUAAAAACUCUGGGUCUAAUAAGAAACUUAAUGAGUUCGUCGUACUAUAUAGAUUUUAUAAUGGAAGCAAAUUCUGUUGAAGUUUUAGAUGCUAUUAUUAUGCUUUUGGAUUCAAAUCAUUUACCUGAUAUUAAGGAACAAGUCUUAUGCAUUGUUGGAAAUAUUGCUGCGGAAGCUGGAAACAUUGAAUAUAUUAUAAAUGAUGAAAGGAUAAUGACACAUCUUGAUAAAUAUCUGUUUCAUUCAGAGCAAAAGCUCCAGGAGGGCGCUCUAUUUGUUGUACACAAUAUUGUGUACAGAAGGGACAUAUGGAAAUCGGGAAAUUAUUCUAGAUUAGCUGAAUUGGAUGUGAUAAAAAACAUUAAGGAAUUGUAUCGAAAAGCAAGUGGAAAUAAAAUUUCUUAUGAAGAUUAUGUGUUAAGAACGAUAAUGGAAAUCGUAUCUCAUUGCAAAAUUUUUUGUCCAGAGCAAUGAACGAAAAUUGCCUAUACCUAUUUAAUGUUGAAUAUUUUAAUUAUUUAAUAUAAAUGUUUUAUUUCUUAUUACCACCGGAAAUUUUUCAAAUGUAAAGUUUAUGCAAACCUUAUAUAUUAUUUUGAAUAUAAAUAAAAUCAUUUUCCGGUUGCUCUACUACUUGUUGAUAUUUUUCUAUAUUUUUUUCUAAAUGUUUGUAAAAAUUGAAUUUAUAUGUAUUAAUGUAUUUUAAUAGCAUGUUACACCAAACAAAAAUAUAACUAAUAUUUUUAU